GUGCUUGACCAAUAAUGCAGUUUUGCGCGCAACACUAACAAAUACAAUAUGUACAUAUGCUUUUGGGCAAUAAAUCUAUAAUCGCUUUUCAUUACAGUUCAAAUAAAUUCAAAGACUAUAAAAUAGACAUAUGUGUUAACCACAAUAACAGUCUUCAUUUGAGGUUACAACGUCUGCUUUCAGUGCUAAACUUACAAUAACAAUAAAAAGAAAAAUAAUAUUAAAUUUCUAAUUCCAAACCAGCAGGAAAAACAUAAUAAUAACAACAAAAUGCCUUGCCCAUGUGGAACCGGUUGCAAAUGUGGCACUCAGCCAAAGAGUGGUAAUUGUGGUUGCGGCGCAGCUUGCAAGUGCUGCCCAUGCGGAAGCGGUUGCAAAUGUGGUUCGCAAACUCAGAGUGGCAGCUGUGGUUGCGGCAGUGGCUGCAAAUGUGGAAAAUAAAGCAUUUGUAAUAAAAUACUGUAAUAUUCCAAAAUAAAAAUAAAAUCUACACAUGUCAAAAUAAAUAUAAAUGAGACUCUCUUGUAAA